AUGGCGCGCCUCUUUGCCGCCGCCGUCGUCGUGCCGUUCCUGGCCCUCUUCGCCUCGCCCGUCUCCGCCGCCUGGAAGCCCUCGAGCGACACCAAGGCCGUGUGCGACGCCCUCAUCCAGCAGUUCCCCGACAAGCUCGCCUGGGAUCCCCUCGGCCCGUACGGCGUGAGCACGCUGGCCCGCGCGCCCGCCUACAACGCCGCCAACCUCGACUACUGGAACGCCGCCAACAGCCUGAACCGCGCCGCCUGCGCCUUCUUCCCGUCCACGACCGACGAGGUGGCCUUUGCCGUGCAGACGCUCAACCGCUACGAGUCGGUGCGCUUCGCGCUCAAGGCCGGCGGGCACAACCCGAACAAGGGCUUCUCGAGCGUCGGCGGCGGCGUCCUGAUUGCGUUUCGGCCCAACCUCCAGACCGCCACGCCGUCGAGGGACGGCAGCGCGAUUGAGAUUGGCGCUGGGUGUAAGUGGGAGGAUGUGUAUGGCGUAUUGCAGCCCCUCGGCAAGACGGUGGCCGGUGGCCGUCUUGGUGAUGUGGGCACGACGGGCCUCAUUCUUGGCGGUGGGCUAUCCUACCUUUCUGCUCAGCAUGUAAGUGACACUUUAGUAAAGCGAUAG